AUGAGCGACGACGAUUUCAUGCUUGAAGAUGAGGAGGAGGAUUACGACUUUGAUUAUGAGGAUGAUGAUGAGGAGGAGCCUGACGUAGAUCUCGAAAACAAAUACUACAAUGCUAAAGCUAGAAAAGAAGACGAUCCCAAAGAAGCCCUCGUCGAAUUUCAAAGCGUCAUUGAUACAGAGGAAGAGAAGGGCGAUUGGGGCUUCAAGGCGCUCAAGCAAAUGAUCAAGAUUUCAUUCCAACAAAACAACUUUGAUAACACAUUGAAAUACUACCGUGAAUUACUGACAUACAUCAAAUCUGCAGUAACCCGAAACUACAGUGAAAAAAGCAUCAACAACAUUCUGGAUCAUGUCUCUUCAGCUGACAAUAUGGCGUUCAUGGAGCAAUUCUAUGAAAUCACAUUAGAGUCUUUGGCAGAGAACAAGAAUGAGCGGCUGUGGGUCAAGACCAAUCUCAAAUUGGCCAAGCUCUGGUUGGAUCGAAAGGAAUAUGGCCGUUUGAACAAGAUUCUCAAACAGUUGCAUGCUGCGUGCCAAAAGGACGACGGCACAGAUGAUCAACGAAAGGGCACUCACCUGUUGGAGGUGUUGGCACUGGAAAUUCAAAUGCACACAGAGACCAAAAACAACAAAAAGUUAAAGGAAUUGUACCAGCAAUGCUUGUCUGUCAAAUCUGCUAUACCUCAUCCCCGUAUUAUGGGCGUCAUUCGUGAGUGUGGUGGUAAAAUGCACAUGAGUGAGAAAAAAUGGGACGAUGCACAAACGGAUUUCUUUGAAUCAUUCAAAAACUAUGAUGAAGCCGGUAGUCCACAGCGUAUUCAAGUAUUAAAAUACCUUGUAUUAGCCAACAUGCUGACUGAAUCACAGAUCAAUCCAUUUGACUCUCAAGAAACAAAGCCUUACAAAAAUGACAAGGAAAUUGAAGCCAUGACAAACUUGGUGAGUGCGUAUCAAAAGAAGGAGAUCAACGAGUUUGAACACAUUUUAAAAGUCAAUCAAAAAUCCAUUAUGGGCGAUGCCUUUAUCCGUGCUUACAUUGACGAUGUCUUGAGAAACAUUCGUACACAAGUGUUGAUCAAGUUGAUCAAGCCCUACACCAGCAUUGAAGUUACAUUUAUCUCCAAACAAUUAAAUAUACCUGCGGAUGAUGUGGAAGAUCUUAUAGUCAGUCUGAUCCUUGAUGACAGAAUUUCAGGCAGAAUCGAUCAAGUCAAUCGUCGCUUAGUAUUGGAUAGACGAUCUACAGAUGAUUUCAAGUACGAAGCAUUGGAUGCAUGGUCGAGUAAUGUAUCAAAAUUGUGUAAAACAGUGAUUGGAAAAGCUACGUAG